CAUUUUGGCGUGGUCGCUUUCGUUUGAUCACAGACCACCAUUUACACACUCACGCAUUUUCAGUGUUCAGUACUCUUCAGGGCUAGUGGUUCCUCCUCGCUGAAACUGCCAUGGGAAGAAGGAGAAAAGCGCUUUCCGUUGAAGAACAGGAGAGGUCUAUACAGAAAGGGAAAAUGAAAGAAAAAGCUAUCACAGUGGAAGAUGACGACGGAGGUGACGAAGAAGAAUCAGAAGAUGAGGAUGGUUUGAAUAACUUUGAGGAUGAUGGAUUUAUCGUUGGUCUCGAUGAAGAAGAGGAGGAAGACAAUCCGCAAGAAACGCAAGAGACGAAAACAAAGAAGAAGCGAAAAUCAUCGAAAUGCAUUGUUCUUGAUGAUGAUGAUCUUGAGCUACUUCGUGAAAACCAAAUCUUGGGCAUCAAUCGGGAUAAAUUGGACAACGGAAUGUUUAAGAGGCUAAAAAAGGCUGGCAUUGAUAGUGAGAAGAGGGGACACUCUUCGGAAUUCUUAAGAUCACUUUUUGAUGAUAAUGUUGAAGAUGAGCAGCAUGUCUCUGAUAAUGCAGAUGAUGACAUGGCAGAUUUCAUAGUGGAUGAUGAGGUUGCCUAUGGGGAGAAAGAUGCGAUCAGACAAAGGAAGUUUAGUGAACCCAGGCAUUCCUCGUUACAGCUAAAUGAGGUUCCGUCCAAGUCCAUUGAGUCUGAUGAGUGUUACAAGUUUGAGACACUGGCUCUGGCGGAAGUGAAUUUAGCUGGAAAGCGUAACCCUUUAGAUAAUACGGACGUACCAGAGAGGAUGCAGAUAUUUGAGGACAUGGUGGGAUCGAUUCCAGCUGACACAAGGAGUAUCGAAGAAGAAAGUUCUUGGAUUCUUAGUCAACUUGAUUCGAAUCCAUUGUUCAUUGAGAAACAGGAAGAUGGUGAAUCAUGGGGGCUUCAUACUAGAAUAAAGAGGGAAGAUAUCAUGAGGUUCUUGGAAUUGAAUCAUGCAAAGAAAUAUGACAUACCAUUUAUUGCGAUGUACCGGAAGGAACAGUGCCUCAGUCUCCUGGAAGAUCCAGAAGGGGCUGAAGCAGGAAGCAUAGAGAAUGAUAUUGAGAGAAAGUGUCAGCUGAAAUGGCACAAGGUACUCUGGAUAAUCAGGGAAUUGGAUAAAAAAUGGUUGCUUCUUCAGAAGCGGAAGAACAUUCUCAUGACAUCCUAUAACAACCGUUUUCAUGAAGGAUGCCAAACGACUUUCUCUGAUGAAAAAUCCAGUUUCAACCAGCAGCUUUCAGGAACUAUCACCACUAUGCUCAAGUUGGUGGAAUCAGAUAGAGAGAUUGAUGAUAUUGAACUGAAGUUCAGUUUACAUUUUUCUCCAGUUGAGGGAUUCUUGGACGUCAGUUAUAAAAGGCCUGUGAAGGAGUCUUAUUAUUCUAAAUGCAGUAUGGCAGGUCUAUGGUCACUUGCAAGCAAAUUUGGGAACACUGAGAAAUUUCGGUUGCUAAGUACCCCUGAGAAAGUGGGAAUGGAGAAUCACGAGGAUCCUGAGGAAUCCCCAGAGGAAUUAGCCUCGGCAUACAAGUGUGCAACAUUUGAAACUUCAGAAUCUGUGCUAGAAGGCGCUAGGCACAUGGCUGCAAUGGAGAUUAGCAGUGAGAUGUCUUUGAGGAAAUAUAUUCGCAGCAUAGUUAUGGAUCAUGCUCUUCUUUCAACCAGCCCUACAGUGAAAGGAAAUAUGACAAUAGAUACACAUCAUGAAGUAGCAGGUGUCAAGUGGCUACAGGACAAACCACUCACUAAGUUUAAGGAUGCCCAGUGGCUUAUCAUACAAAAUGCUGAAAAAGAGAAGCUUCUUGAAGUUAAAAUAAGGUUGCCUGAGCAUGUCCUAUCUGAAUUAACAAAUGCUUGCAAUGAUGUUUAUCUCAACCGCAGUGAACGAACGUCUGCUCAACUUUGGAACGAACAGCGAAAGUCAAUUGUGCAGGACGCUAUUUUAAAUUUUCUUCUGCCAUCUAUGGAGAAGGAAGCACGAGAAUUGUUGACUGCUAAGGCCAAAAACUGGUUAAUAAUGGAUUAUGGGAAGGAGUUAUGGAACAGAGUCUCCGUGGUACCAUAUCUAUGCAGGGGCAAUGUCACUGCUCGAGAGAAGGGGGCUGCAUCCAAAGUCAUGGCUUGUUGUUGGGGAACUGGAAAGCCAGGUACCACAUUUGUGAUGUUGGACUCUAAAGGAGAAUUGGUUGAUGCGAUCCAUGCUAGUUCACUUACUCUGCGAUCACAGAAUAUAAAUGAUCAGCAGCGGAGGAAAAAUGAUCAGCAACGACUUCUUAAGUUCCUAAUGAAUCAUAAACCACAAGUAAUUGUUAUUGGAGCUAAUGCAUCAUGUAUACGCUUGAGAGAUGACGUCAAUGAGAUUGUUUCAAUGAUGCGAGGGGAAAAUCAUGAUGACGUCAGUUUGGAGAUUAAAGGACUAACAACAGUUUUAGGGGAUGAAAGCUUGCCUCGCCUUUAUGAAGAUUCAGAAAUUUCUGAGGACCAGCUUCCCAGACAACAUGGCAUUGUGAAGAGGGCAGUGGCUCUUGGACGUUACUUUCUAAAUCCAUUGGCUAUGGUUGCAACACUCUGUGGGGUCAAAAAGGAGAUUUUAUCAUGGAAGUUGAACCCUUUGGAACAAUUUCUGACAACUGAUGAGAAGUUAAUGAUAAUUGAAUGGGUCAUGGCUGAUAUCACCAACCAAGUAGGCGUGGAUGUAAAUUUGGUUAUCAGCCACAAUUGGCUUUCUGCUCCAUUGCAAUUUGUUUCUGGUCUUGGACCCAGAUCAGCUGACGUUCUGUGUAGAGAAUUAUGUGGAGGUACAACUCCAGGAAAUAGAAAGUAUUUGAGUAAAUGUGGUCUGAACUCGAUGAGGAUUUUCUGGAAUGCAGUUGGCUUUUUAAAGGUGUCAUGUGAUGAACCAAUCUUGGGUGAUACUGUUGAUAACAUUCUGGAUCGUACAAGAGUUCAUCCAGAGUCUUAUCAUCUUGCUGAGGAAUUCGCUAGAGCUGUAUAUAGACACUAUAAUCCAGAAUCUGAUGCUACACAACUGAAUGCAAUUGAAAUUUUGCAGGAUGAACCAAAACUGCUGCAAGAUUUUGAUGUGAAUGAUUAUGCAGCUAGAAUGGCAGUAGAAACAGGAGAGCAUGUAAGAGAGACUCUCUAUGAUAUAAAGGAAGAACUGCUUGAUGGAUUUAAAGAUCCUCGGAUACCUUAUAAGGAACCUUCACUGGAUGAUGAGUUCUUAAUGAUGACUAGGGAAAGUGGGGAUGUACCUUUUGAGGGAAAAAGAGUUCAGGCAACAGUUCGAAAUGUGCAGUCAAAGCUAGCAUUUUGCAUACUUGACUCUGGAUUGGCUGCAGUAUUGCUUAAGGAAGAUUUUUCUGAUGAGACUGAUGAUAUAUAUUUAACAGACAAAUUGUGCGAUGGUGAUGUGCUUAAUUGCAAGAUCAAAUUUGUUGACAAGACCAGAUGCCGGGUGAAUUUGACAUGUAAAGCAAGUGAGUUGAAGAGUGAUGGAGAACAAAGUUUCCAUGACAUGGAUCCUUAUUAUUGUGAAGGAAAAAAUUUACCGAGUCAGUUGGGUGAAGGCAAAAAGGAGGAGCUUGAAAAUAAACAUUUCAAGCCCAGGAUGAUUUGUCAUCCCCAGUUUCAAAAUAUAACUGCUGAUCAAGCAAAAGAGUUCCUUGCAGACAAAGCCAUUGGCCACUAUAUUUUUCACCCAAGCGGUAGUUGUCUAUGGAAAUUAACCUUGACUCUUAAAAUUUUUGAUGGACUUUGUGUACACAAAGACAUUGUUGAGGGUGGAAAAACUUUAGAUAUGAAAAGCAUGCUUGCACUUGGGAAGACAUUAAAGAUAGGAGAAGAAAUAUUUGAGGACAUGGACAAGGUCAUGGAACGCUUUGUCAAUCCAUUGGUGGUUAAUCUGAAAGUGAUAUUGAAUCACCAAAAAUUUAAGGGCUCAAAAGCCGAGGUUGAUAAGUUGUUAAAACUGGAGAAGGAAGAAUAUCCAAAAAGGAUAGUGUAUGGUUUUGCAAUUUCAUUUGAGCAUCCUGGCACUUUCAUCUUGUGUUACAUUAGAAGUACAAAUCUGCAUCAUGAGUUUAUUGGUAUUCAUCCGAAAGGAUUUAAAUUUAGGAAGCAAUUAUUUGAGAACAUUGAGCAGCUGUUGGGAUACUUCCAGAAUCAUAUCAAUGAUUUACCACCAAGAAAACCGAUGGUAGAUGGUUCAUUGGCAAAGUCCUUGGAUGGAGAACGCAGAUUCAAUGUAUUUCAGAAUAAGCACUCCAUAGAUGACAAUGGGGGAGAAGGUCGGGGUCAGGGCCGGGGCCGGGGCCGUGGCCGUGGACGUGGCUUUGGCUGCGGACGCGGACGUGAAAACUCAUGGGGUGAUGGAAAACAUGAAUCUGAAGAAAACAAUAGUUCAUGGGGCAGUGCUCAAAAUGACCACACUACCGGUGGCAAUGGUUGGUCUCAAUCUAAUUCUUCUGGAUGGGCCCAUAAUAUUGACAAGAGUUGGGGUGAACAAGGUCCUACAGGUAAAGGCAAUGUUUCUGAGCCCACUAAUGAUGCAGAAGGCAACUGGGGAAGGGGACAAGGACAAGGACAGGGAAGGGGAACUUGGAGUGGCGGUGGUGGAUGGGGCAGUGCUGGAACUGAAACUGACAACACCAAUAAUGACAGUGCUUGGGCUAACAAAGGCAAGGGUUGGAAUGAAAGUGUUGCUGGUGAAGGCAGUGACAGACGACCCACUUGGCAGCAGAGUAAUUACGAGAGUGAGAUGAAUCCUACUGGUAACAAUCCCAGUGAUAGUGUUUGGGGACAAGGUCGAGGAGGGGACAGAGGAAGGGGAAGGGGAAGAAGAGGCAGAGGGGACCAAGGUGGCUGUGGACGCGGACGUGGACGUGAAGGUAAUAAUGACAACUAUAGUGGUGGCAGAUGGAGUAAUACUGGAAAUGAUAACAGUGGUGGUGGCGGUACCUGGAAUAAUGAUAAUUCUUCAGGAAGGGGAAGGGGAAGAGGAAGGAGAGGUAGAGGGGGCCAAGGACGAGGACAUGAAGGUGGUAAUAAUGACAGUUAUAAUGGUGGCGGAUGGAGUUCAGAUUGGGGAAGUAAUAAAGGAAAGAGUUGGAGUGAGAGUAUUCUUGGUGAUGGCAGUGGUGGGGGAACUACUGAGUUUAAUCAUCGGAAUAGCCAAGAACACAAUGACAACAGCUCUGGUGGUGGUGGUGGUUGGGGUGGUUGGGGAGGUAGUAACAGAGGAAAGAGCUGGGGUAAUGAUGGUGUUGGAGAAGGAAAUAACAAUGAAAGUGGGCUGAAUGCUACUGGUAACAAUGAAGCUGUAUCCUUUGGUGGUGGCUGGGGUAGUAACAAGGGAAGGAGUUGGGGUAAUGAUGGAGAAGGCAACAAUGGUGGUGGUUGGGGUGGUAACAAAGGAAAGAGUUGGGGUAGUGAUGGAGAAGGCAACAACAGUGGCGGCGUUGGGGUGGUAACAAAGGAAAGAGUUGGGGUAGUGAUGGAGAAGGCAACAACAGUGGUGGCGGUUGGGGUGGUAGCGAAGGAAAGAGUUGGGGUAGUGAUGGAGAAGGCAACAACAGUGGUGGCGGCUGGGGUGGUAACAAAGGAAAGAGUUGGGGUAGUGAUGGAGAAGGCAACAACAGUGGUGGCGGCAGCGGCUGGGGUGGUAACAAAGGAAAGAGUCGGGGUAGUGAUGCAGAAGGCAAUAACAAUAGUGGUGGUUUGGGAGGAGGCCAGGGACAGGGAAGAGGGAGAGAAUGGAGCAAAGGUGAUGGCUGGGGAGGUGGAGGUAAUGAUGAAAACAAAAGCUUUGGUGGACAAUGGGCCAACACUGGAACCGAUCACUCUGGCAGUCGUGACGGCAGUGGUUGGGCUAAUUCUGGUGGUGGUGGUUGGGCUGGUGGUAGUUCUUCUGGUCGUGGAGGUUCUGAUGGUGGCAAUUGGGGCAGCAAGAAAGGAAACCCGGAUGGAGGCUGGGUUUGAUGGUUAGGGAGAAGGCAUGGCUUGAAUGGUGAACAUGGAGCUAGGCUACGAUAUUUGGGUCAUGCAAAUACCACUGCAAAUAGACAUCCAAUUCCACAAGGUAUUUGACUAUUUCUUUUAUGACUAUCUAACUGGAAACAACUUAAUUUGCUGUAGAAAUGAUAUUAUCGUACAUUUUGAUGUUAAUGAUUCAUCACUCUGAUUUUCAUAUCGUCCAAUUAUAUUUAUAUCCGCCCUUUUCUUUUCA